CAGGAAUGGCGUAACUCCGGAUAGGUUCAUACUCGUCCUGUAGGUUUACCUGGUUGGCUGCUGUCCCUUCAUCGAUUCUGUUUACCCCGAAGCCGCCAACGCACCGAUAGGAUUUUUUUGGUUUAAGCGGCAGAACAAGUAGAGCGGGGCGUUAAGUAAGUGGCGGCCUGCUGAAGAGCAAUGCGAGACGAACUUCUUGAAGCCUUGUCGGGGGCUGUCAUAUUCUAAGAGCGGGAGGAGAAAAGAGGGAAAGAGAAGAAAAGGGACAAGUCUAGUUCCAGAUUCUUGACUUGUGGCACCAUUACCUGGUUUUAUAUGUGUCAUUUGCACGCCGCUACGAAGGGUGUAUGGUAAUAAAACUGCAAUAAAUUCUGCUUACACAGGUUUGAAGAACAGCAUAAAAAAGAAAAAAAAAACAAUGUUCGGGAGACAAGGACGGAUAGUUCCUUCUACCGCAUACUAAUCAACUUGGUACACUUCAGGAAGCGACAUGUCCACGAGUGGGAUGGAUGUGACGUCAUGAAGAAGUAGUGUAAAAUUUAGCUGAAGCUGCUGGGCAACGCCCCGGGAGUGUGCUUCCACCUAGGCGGGGUUGGUAUCGACCCGUGUUCCAGGAGUGGGAUUCAAUCUGGUGUUGCUACAAAAAUGACCUAAGGCCCUAGGAAACGGUUACACGUAUUCUUUUCAAAAUCAGCAGAGAAACCCUGUUGGCAAUAACGACUAAUGUGGCCUGGUGAGACUCGAAGUUCAGCUAGCCAUUUUAAAAGAUGGAGUUACAGAUACCCAGUUAAAAAACCUGUUUCUGACACUGGACAGUGUGGAUCCACCAGACUGAAAAAACUGAAAAAGAUUUGUUUUAAGAAAAACAACCAUCUUCCAAUUGAUUACUGAGUCCCCUGCAUAUGGAUGGUCAGCUGGAAUUCAAAGCAAGAUGUUCGCAUAUGCCCUGGUUACAUUGGUGCUGGGGGCACUUUGUAUUGUCCUCUUUCUCAGGUGGCUUUUGUGCCGUUUGGCCAUCCAGUUCUUACAAAACAAACUUGGAGCAGAUUUGAAAAUCGGAUCAAUUGGAUUCUUUUCUAUUCAUAAUGUUGGAGUGCAGUUGGAUCUACAGCAGACUUUGGAAAUUGGCAGUGCCUGGAUCUCUAGUAAGAUCUUCAAUCAAGAAUUGCAGCGUUACUUUGCAUUAUGUCUUGCUGAUGUCCGUAUACGGGCAGACCUUCAGAAGGAACCCAGUUUUCAAAAGUCUUCGACAUCCUGUAAAGCAGUAAUUAGGCCUAAUGAACCAGGUGGUGGACUGAUGAACUCUGGCUUUCUGCGUCUUUUGUGCCAGCUCUUCUGUAUGCACGUGGACUCUGUCAACAUCAUGGUUUUAAACCUUUGUGUUCCUGAAUCUCUGUGGCAUAUGACAGUGACUGGUAUCACACUACUUUUUAACAAUGAUGGAAAAAGGUUUGGCUGUGAGUUCUUAGUGAGCCAACUAAGCAGCAAAGUCUUGAAAAGCAGCUCUCUGCAGGAUACUUGUUUGGCAGAGUUAUCCCUUGGAUUGACUGUGGCUACUGAACUGUGUCUGACAAAUGCACGUCCUAUGUCAAUGAAUCUUACUGUAAGAACACUACAGACUGAACUCCAUGAAGGAUUCUUCCAGAGUGAGUUGCUCCAUGGCAUCAUGGAAAAAGAAACUCCACCUGAAGAAGAUGAGGAAAAAAUCAGGAGGGAUUCUCAUGGCUACUUGUCACGUUUACAGGAGUUUCAUCGAUGUACACCACAAAAUAUAAAUGUGGCAAUUGAGAACACCAACAUCACCUUAUCCAUGAACAGCCAAAAGAGACAUCUAAACUGGACCUUAAAGUCUCUGCUGCUUCACUAUGGACGAGAUGACCAACAACUGCCUCUUAAGAAUUUUAUACCAGAAGUUGUUUUGCCACAGACCAAUAUAGAAAUAUCAGUCGAAGAUGGAUUACUUUUGUCUCAAAGCCGUCAAAGGAUUCUUUGUCUGAAUACAUUUAAAGCCAUGCUGCAGGUAAUGGCUGUUGAUAUUGAGGGGUCGAUCAACUUGAACACCUGUAUUAUUCACUAUCGCCACCAGGAAUUUUCUCACUGGUUGAAAUUGCUCCCAAGUAAAUGGACUAGUCAUAGGAAACCUUCUCAGAAGAGGCCCUUUCCACAACUGAAUGCUCCUAUUAUGCUUAGAACCUCAGUCUCCAAUGUUAAUGUCUCUGUUCAGUUAGUAGACAGUUUGCCAUUUGCAGUUGGCUUCAUUUCAGCAUCAGCAGCUCUACAGCACCUCAUGGAUAUCUCUACUGACGUCCAGCACCUUAAAUCCCAAAGCUUACAUCAACGUGUUACACUGUCCAUGGAUCAGUUCUGGUGGAGAGUUGGAGAUGGCUCUCAUAUCCAACAAGCAACUCAUCCUCCUGACAAGCAUGUGUGGGGGGAAGCUCUGGUUAUUGAUUACCUUAACCUACAGGGCAGCUGUAACAAACCCCAGGCACCUUCACCAGGCCAGCCAGAAACAAUCUUUAUCGAUUCCAGCAUUCGAGGUCUACAGUUUGAGGUUUCUGAGACAUGUACUCAGAAUUUGUCUCGAGUUCUUUCUGUGCUAUCUAGAGAACCUACUGAGUGCGUUCCAGGAGGGACUGAAAUUAAGAAGCAGGACUUUUCAGUAGAGGACACAAUACCAAAUGCCCAAACUCAGUCUUCUCUUCUGUGGAAGAUGAAUAUUGCUUUGGAAGAUGUCAAUAUUUUCACACUGUCAAACAUUUCAGGUGCCACCAACUUACGCAUAGAUGAUAUUAAGGGAACAAGCAGUGCAGAAUGUUUACAGAUGUCUGUUCAUGGUUUUUCACUUGGACUUGUCAAGUCAAUAACAGAAAACCUGCAACCAUGCUACAAAGCUAUGGAUUUCCCAGAACCUGUUAUUAGCUUGUUUGCUCUGGCAUUUUCUUAUCAUGCCAGCACCUGGGCACUUGAGAUUAGUUGUGAUCAGCAGCUGAGCAUUACUUGGACACCAGCAGACCAUAUGUUCCUAUACCAUCAUGUCCUUGAAAUUAUGCAUUGCCAUCAAGCAUUGGCCACUAUUCUUAGAGGAAAUGAGCAAGUCUUUCCAGGAAAAGAUCAAAAUAAUUCAAUAUUAGUCCAUCAGGAAUCUUCUCAUAAUGACCAGUCUCUUCAGUCAACGUCUUUGCCUUUGGUUGAAAAUUGCACAAUAAAUAAGUCAAAAAGAUGUAUUAGUGUUCAUCUGGACCUUGGUGCCACCAAAGUGACUGCUUUUGUAACUGAAAAAAACUUUAUUUUCCUUGAACUGGGGAGUCUUUCUUUCAUUCGACAUGCAAGUGCUGUGCAGAUUGGAGUGCCGCAUGCCAUUCUGAACUUUGAUGGUAAUAAUAUAUUCACUUUUAAAGAAACAGAGGUUCAGAUGCUAUCAGAACUAGAAGAGCUUAUGCCUCAGCGGAAUCAGUUCAGCUUUCUUUCUACACAGAAAAAUCAUGUAUUAGUUAUCAGUAUUCCUUCCCUGUCAGUGCAGUUUCCAUAUCAGUAUGAUUUCUCCAACACCUUUGAUGAGGCUAUUAAUGUCCAGAAGUGGUUGAAAAGUCUUCACCGGUCUCACAGGGAUGGCCCAGAACCACUGCCUCCAGACUUGGUAAUUCGAGUGAAGCAGUUCUCCUUCCUUUUCCUUGAUGAUGUUUUUGAAAUUAAGUUACGUGAUAAUUAUGAACUGAUGAAGGAUGAGAGUAAAGAGAGUGCUAAGCGGCUGCAGCUCCUUGACAAGAAAGUAUCUGACCUUCGCAAGCAACAUGGAGAAUUACUUCCAGCACGUAAAAUUGAGGAGUUAUAUACUUCCUUGGAGCGUAGAAACAUAGAAAUAUACAUUCAGCGGUCACGUCUUCUCUACAGCAAUACACCCAUGAGAAAAUCCCUGUUGACCUGGACUAUCACUGACCUGGAAGUCAUGGCCUUUGCUGACCAAUCACUCCAUGGCCCUGACAAAGUCAGGGAGCAGAUGAUGGAUAUAGACUCUGUAAGCCCAUUCCCACGGGAUGGACUUUCCUUAAUAAUACAGUGGUGCCGGGCUGUCAAGUUUAGCUUAAGUGCAUUCCUGGUUCGAAUCCGGGAUUAUCCACGCUACUUCUUUGAAAUCCGAGAUUGGACUUUGUGUGGACGACUAAUUGGCACUGAGCAAGAUGGUCACCCUCGUGCCAAACGCAGGCAAAAGCUACAUCUUGGUCAACCCUGGGGGGAUGUCACUGUUGAGAGAAAUAUGCCCCCACUUAAAUUCUACCAUGAUUUCCACUCGGAAAUCUCCCUUUAUACUAUUGUUUGGGGACCUUGCUGGGAUCCAGCAUGGACUUUAAUUGGUCAAGCUGUUGAUCUUCUUACCAAGCCUACAGUGGAUCCCAGUCCUCUAUUGACAUGGUGGGAUAAAAGCCGACUGUUGUUUCAUGGACGAUGGGUGAUGAAUAUUGACCAGGCUAAUCUACACCAGCUUGCCACAGAAGAUCCUUACAACACAACUGAGAAUAUGCACUGGGAAUGGAAUAAGCUGCAUUUCGAUUGGAAGCCUGGGCAUUUUGUGUUUAGGGGAGACCUUGAUGUCAAUGUCAGGACUGCUUCCAAGUAUGAUGACUGCUGCUUCCUUCAUCUUCCUAACCUAAAUAUGACUUUAGACCUCCAGUGGCUAUGUCAUGGAAACUCUCAUGACCACCACAGUGUAUGUCUCUGCUCCCCGGAAUAUGUGUCUGAAGUUACAUCAGGGCAGUCUUAUGACUCCUACCGUGCUUUUAGGUCUGAAAACCUCAACCUGUCAAUCACUAUGGACCUUAACCAGCAUCAAGGAGAAGCAUGCCAGCCUCGAAUUCUACUCUAUAGUAGCACACUGCGUUGGAUGCAGAAUUUCUGGGCUACGUGGACCAGUGUGUCUCGUCCCAUAUGCCGAGGUCAGCUCUUUCACAAUUUGAAGCCAAUCCGGCGAAAGCUUAGUCAGCACUACAAACAGUUGUCUUAUACAGCUAGUUUUCCACGACUACAGGUUCAUUAUUGGGCAUCUUUUGCCCAGCAGCGAGGAAUACAGGUUGAGUGCAACAAUGGACACAUUUUUACACGAGGUACACAGCGUUUGGUUCCACAGGCUGGUACUGUGAUGCGGCGUUUGAUUUCGGAAUGGAAUGUUACUCAGAUGAUGAGUGAGCUAAGUCAAGUGACGGUUCACCUUAUGGCCUCCACAUGGGAUGAGACUGCUGAUCAUCAGCUAAACACACAGGUCAAGAAAACUCAUCUCCUUAGUUUGUCCUCCCUGAGUUACCAGAGGCAGAGUAACCGAAUGGAAGAGGACGCCUCUCAAAAAGAUGAGGGAAAUGCAACUCAUAAAUUGUGCCUAGUAGACCUUCGGGCAUCCUGGACUGCAACAAAUCGUAACAUUGCUUUUGGAUUGUAUGAUGGUUACAAGAAAGCAGCAGUACUUAAGAGGAACUUGUCUACAGAGGCUUUAAAAGGGUUAAAGAUUGACACAGAAUUACAAUCCAAAAAGCUGAAACGGUCACUUUCAAACUACUCUUCAACACCAGCAUCCUUUACUCCUACCCCAGCUCCUACUGGAAAGGCUGAGAAAAGACAGAGUGAAGGUACAUCAAUGCUUCAGAAAUUGAUUGAGGAAACUGAUAAGUUUGUGGUAUUCACAGAAGAGGACCCUGGUGUACGAGAUCAACUGUGCGGCAUUGCUGCUUGUCAAACUGAUGAUAUCUAUAACCGUAACUGGCUCAUCGAACUCAUAAACUGUCAGAUGAUGUUGCGUGGUACAGAGACAGCGGGCUGUGUGUUGGUUUCUGCCGCCAAAGCUCAGCUUCUUCAAUGCCAACACCAUCCAGCUUGGUACAGUGACACCCUCAAACAGAAGACAACAUGGACGUGCUUUCUAGACGGCAUGCAGUACUUUGCCACUAUGGAGCAGAACCCAUCAGAAUUAGAAGAUUGGCAGCUUUGGCUGGAGGUGAAAAACAUCGAAGAACAUAGGCAACGGCAUGUGGACUCUGUCUUAGAGCUUAUGGAGAGUGGACAGGCUGUAGGCGGUAUGGUUAGCACAACUACAGAUUGGAACCAGCCAUCACAAGCACAGCAAACUCCACAAGUCCAGAGAAUCAUUUCUCGAUGCAGCUGUAGAAUGUAUUACAUUGGUUACAGCCAUGACAUUGAUCCAGAGCUGGCUACACAGAUUAAACCACCAGAAAUCCAAGAUGAGCAUGAAAAAGAAGAUUUACUGAAGAAACAAGAUGGAGCUGUUGAUACUUUUACACUAAUCCACCAUGACCUGGAAAUCUCAACUAAUCCAGUGCAGUAUGCCAUGAUACUGGACAUUGUAAAUAAUCUUCUCCUGCAUGUGGAACCCAAACGCAAGGAGCAUAGUGAGAAGAAGCAGAGGGUCCGAUUUCAACUGGAAAUCUCCAGCAAUCCAGAGGAACAACGUAGCAGCAUUCUUCAUCUGCAAGAGGCAGUCAGGCAACAUGUGGCACAGAUCAGGAGACUUGAGAAGCAGAUCUAUUCAAAUUUGAGAUCAUUUCAGGAUGAGGGAAAAAAUGAAGACCUAUCUGACGUCAACCAGAAACUACAGAAUCAGCUAAACCAAGAGAAGAUGGACUUGCAGAUGAAAAGUGAAGAACUGAACAUUUUAAUCAGGUGUUUCAAAGAUUUCCAGCUACAGAGAGCAAAUAAGAUGGAGCUGCGCAAGCAGCAAGAAGACAUCAGUGUGGUACGCCGUACAGAGAUCUAUUUUGCACAGGCACGAUGGAGAUUGACAGAAGAGGAUGGUCAGUUGGGCAUCGCCGAGCUAGAGCUGCAGAGGUUCAUGUACAGUAAGCUAAACAAAUCAGAUGAUACUGCAGAGCACUUGUUGGAACUUGGCUGGUUUACAAUGAACAACCUUCUACCAAAUGCAUCUUACAAGGUGGUUCUAAGACCUCAGAGUACUUGUCAGUCUGGUCGUCAACUGGCACUGAGGAUUUUUAGUAAAGUGCGACCUCCAGUGGGAGGAAUCUCAGUUAAGGAACAUUUUGAGGUGAAUGUAGUGCCACUCACAAUCCAGCUAAUGUACCAGUUUUUUAAGAGGAUGAUGGGUUUUUUCUUCCCGGGACGUAAUGUAGAAGAGGAGGAAGUUGGAGAUGAAGAAGACAAAUCAAAAUUAGUAACCACUGGAGUCCCAGUGGUGAAACCAAGACCACUUAUUGGAGCUGAAGACACGGUUGGCUCCCUAGGAUCUGCUAAAGGGGUUGCUCAAGGACUGAAUCGCACAGCUGGGGUCAGAAGAUCAUUCCGUAAACCACCCGAGCAUCCUGUUGAUGACAUUGACAAAAUGAAGGAAAGAGCAGCAAUGAACAAUUCUUUCAUCUAUAUUAAAAUACCACAGGUCCCACUUUGUGUCAGCUACAAGGGUGAGAAGACUAGUGUUGAUUGGCGUGACCUGAACUUGGUGCUGCCAUGUCUGGAGUAUCACAACAACACUUGGACAUGGCUGGACUUCGCUAUGGCAGUUAAGAGAGAUAGUCGCAAGGCUUUAGUGGCUCAGGUUAUAAAAGAAAAGUUACGAUUGAAACCAGCAUCGGGAGUGGAUACUAAAGGUAAGAUACCUGAGGGCAAAGUGGACUCGACUGUUCAGCAACAGGAAGAGGAUGAAAAAGCCCGACUUCUAAUUGGACUCACCACUGCUGACAAGACCUCUGGGAAAAAAUCAAUCUUCAGUCGACGGAAAUAACAUUUUGUGAUAAAGUCAUUUUAUAUUUUAAAAGUGAAGAGAGAUGAUUGUGAGGGAGUGAUACUAGGUUCUUCCUCCUAAUAUUUUUAAAAUAACACUUUUGAUGUGUCAAGUUAUUUCUCUUGAUCAUCUGUGAUUAUUGCUAAGAUUUACUGAUUAAUAAGUGACAACAUUUUCAGAUUGCAAAGUAAUAAGUGAUAAAGCUUAGAGCGGAAAAUAGUUCUAGCAACACAGCAAGCUACUUCAUACCAGGGAAUGUGGAGGAAUGGAGACCAGCACUUAAAAGAAUUAUUAAACAAAAAGAAGUAAUAUAAAUAUUUAAGUGAAAGUAUAAAACUUGAAAGGCAAUAACCGCUGUUCAGAUAUCCCAGUGUUCAGGAUUUAUUUGACUCCCUUGAUUCAUAGCCACAAAAUGUGUACAAAUAAACUGGUAUUAUACACUGAAGUCUUCGAUCAUGUUGUAGUCACAAAAAGUCAGGUGCUGCUGGAAACAGGCAUGUAUUUAUUUUUUCAUCUAAUAUGUAUACACUCCUUUUUGUUGGGGGUGGUUUUCUGUUUUGUUUAUAGUUUCUUUUCUAAUCACAUGGAAUCUAAAAAAUACCCUACCUUUUGGAGGUAGUUUAAUAUGCUUUACAGAAAAAUACGUGUAUUUUCACUUUGUCUUAAAAGUGUUUGUGUAUGUGGGAUGGGUUAAGAAAUCUUUAUAUUGUCUUAAGAUUGGGAGAUUAUAGUAAUCACUUUGAAGAAUUUAAUUAUAAUUUUAAAACAAUGGCCUACAAUGUAGUUAUCAUGGAUAAAGAAAAAGGUUUGAGGAAAGAUUUGUAAGAAGAGACACAAAUGCAUGGACUGUUCUUCCAGGAAGUGCCACUGCAUGAAAGAAUAAAACAAUUGAAUUUACCAGUAUUUUGCUGUACAGAAUAUAUAAAUUCAUUGUUUUAAAACAGAUUUUUUUUCAAAACUAAUAAAAUCUACUGUGAGAAUGAAAUAA